CCUCGGAGUCGGAGAGCUUAAAACCCUAACCCCUAACGAACCCUUUGAUCUAAGAGAGUGGAAAUUCCAUUACAUUUCAUUUGAAGAGAAAAUGGCGAGCUUCGAUCAAGCUCCACCCGGUGAUCCCAAGGUGGGAGAGAAGGUAUUCAAGACCAAGUGCGCCCAGUGCCACUCCGUUGACAAAGGCGCUGGUCACAAACAAGGUCCUAAUCUGAAUGGUCUUUUCGGAAGGCAGUCUGGCACAACUCCUGGGUACUCCUAUUCUACUGCAAACAAGAACAUGGCCGUUACUUGGGAAGAGAAGACGUUGUAUGAUUACUUGCUUAAUCCAAAGAAGUACAUUCCUGGAACAAAGAUGGUUUUCCCUGGAUUGAAGAAGCCACAGGAGCGUGCGGACCUCAUUGCUUAUCUGAAGCAAGCAACUGCCUGAUUCUUUUGCUUAGGUCAUAUAAUAUUUUGUCAGAAUUUGAAGAGUUUGGCUAGUGGUGCCAAUUUGAAAAUUUUUAUUGAAAAGAAGAAAAUACUUUCUUGUUAAAAUAAGAUCUUCAGGCAUUUAACAUGCUCUCUUUGUUGGAGAAAUAGGCUGCAUGUCCAAAAAAAUUUUGUUUAAUCCCUUCUUAUAUGGCACAUUUCAUGAACGACAGAUGAUUUUAUAAGAUCUGAUAUGCGACUGUUUGCUGUUUUUGCUUC